AGAGGCUGUUAGAUCGUCCCGGCCCUGCACACAGCUGACUUCUCUUCUGGUUUCCCUGCUCUGAAAAGCUGAAGAUUUUGAAGAUGAGGGUGUGGAUCGUCUUCCUUCUGUGCCUGGCUGGCCACGCCAUGGCUGCUCCUACUGAGGAGGAGAUCAUCGUGGAAGAGGCAGUCACUGAAGAGCCAAUGAUCGAGGAGGAAGUAACCGAGGAGCCAGUUGAGGAGACCGAGGUGGGAGCCAACCCCGUGCAGAUUGAGAUCGGAGAGUUUGACGAAGCCAUCGAGGUUGUUGAAGACGUUACAGCUGAGAAUCCCUGCCUGACUCACCACUGCAAGAAGGGCAAAGUGUGCGAGGUCGAUGACAGCAACACCCCCAUGUGUGUGUGCCAGGACCCCACCACCUGCCCCACUCCUGAUGGCGAGUUCGAGCAUGUUUGCGGCACCGACAACAAGACCUACGAGUCCUCUUGCCACUUCUUUGCCACCAAGUGCGCUCUGGAGGGAACCAAGAAGGGCCACAAGCUGCACCUGGACUACAUCGGAUCUUGCAAAUUGAUCGAGGCCUGCAUGGACAGCGAGCUGAGCGAGUUCCCCCUGCGUAUGAGGGACUGGCUGAAGAACGUCCUGGUCACCCUGUACGAGCGCGACGAGGGUAACAACCUGCUGAACGAGAAGCAGAAGCUCAGAGUGAAGAAAAUCUUCGAGAACGAGAAGAGACUGCAGGCUGGCGAGCACUCCCUGGACCUGCUGGCCCACGACUUCGAGAAGAACUACAACAUGUACAUCUUCCCCGUCCACUGGCAGUUCGGCCAGCUUGACCAGCACCCCGUUGAUGGCUACCUGACCCACACAGAGCUCUCUCCCCUGCGUGCUCCCCUCGUUCCCAUGGAGCACUGCACCACUCGCUUCUUCGACGAGUGCGACGCCGACAACGACAAAUACAUCGCCCUGGAGGAGUGGGCCGCCUGCUUCGGCAUCAAGGAGCAGGACAUCGACAAAGACCUCAUCGUCUAAGCUCCUCUAACCAGCAGCAGUAUGACAACUCCUAGUCGCUACUAACGGGACAAGGUGCUGAUCCCUAAGUUAAAAAAAAACAAAA